AUGGGCGGAGGUGGCCAAGACGGAAAGGAUGAGAAGGAUAAGAAGAAGGAGAAGCCUAAGUACGAACCACCGCCGCGUCCGACCACCCGUAUCGGCCGCAAGAAGAGAAAGGCAGCCGGCACGUCCGCCGCCGCCAAGCUUCCCGCUGUCUUCCCAACGAGUCGAUGUAAGCUGCGUCUGCUGCGAAUGCAGCGCAUCCACGACCACCUGCUGCUCGAAGAGGAAUACGUCGAGAACCAAGAGCGUCUACGCAAAGCCAAGGCCGCCAAAGACAACCAGGGUCCUGCCCCUACGGAUAUCGAAUCUGCCGACAGAAUGGCCGACGAACGUGGUCGUGUGGACGACAUGCGAGGCAGUCCGAUGGGGGUUGGUACCCUGGAGGAGAUGAUUGAUGAUGAUCAUGCCAUCGUCUCGAGUACCACGGGUCCUGAGUAUUACGUCAGCAUCAUGAGUUUCGUCGACAAGGACCUAUUGGAACCUGGCGCCUCCGUGUUGCUUCACCACAAGAGCGUCUCCAUAGUGGGAGUGCUCACCGACGAUACGGAUCCGGCCGUCAAUGUCAUGAAGCUUGACAAGGCACCGACCGAGUCAUAUGCGGACAUUGGUGGUUUGGAACAGCAGAUCCAGGAGGUGCGCGAGUCGGUCGAGUUGCCAUUGCUGCAUCCCGAGUUGUACGAGGAGAUGGGCAUCAAGCCUCCCAAGGGUGUCAUUCUCUACGGUGCGCCAGGUACAGGAAAGACACUUCUCGCGAAGGCUGUGGCCAACCAGACGUCUGCAACUUUCUUGCGCAUCGUGGGCAGUGAGCUGAUCCAGAAGUACUUGGGCGAUGGCCCUCGCCUUGUCCGGCAACUCUUCCAGGCCGCUGCCGAAAAUGCCCCUUCCAUCGUUUUCAUCGAUGAAAUCGACGCAAUCGGUACGAAGCGAUAUGACUCAACAUCGGGUGGUGAGCGUGAGGUCCAGCGAACCAUGCUUGAACUUCUGAACCAACUCGACGGUUUCGAUGAUCGUGGUGACGUCAAGGUCAUCAUGGCCACCAACAAGAUUGAGACGCUUGAUCCUGCUCUUAUUCGACCUGGCCGUAUCGACCGAAAGAUCCUCUUCGAAAACCCUGACCAGAACACCAAGCGCAAGAUCUUCAACCUGCACACUUCUAAGAUGAGUUUGAACGAGGAUGUGGAUCUCGACGAGUUCAUCUCGCAGAAGGACGACUUGAGUGGUGCCGAUAUCAAAGCCAUUUGCUCCGAAGCUGGCUUGAUGGCUCUGAGAGAGCGGCGCAUGAGAGUCCAAAUGGCCGAUUUCAGAGCCGCCAGGGAGAGGGUCUUGAAGACCAAGCAGGAAGGUGAGCCUGAGGGUUUGUACUUGUAG